UAAUGUUACUUCAUUAACUAUGUAGCUGAAAAUACAAUAAACAGAUCAGCAAAAUGAAGUGAGCACACAGACCAAACACAUGUUGUUUUUCUCCUUAAUGUAGCAAACUACAAAAGUGAAAGAAAUGUCAGACAUUGAAGAAGAGGAGCUCAGCUUUGGAGAAUCAGAGGAAGUAGAGGAGGAGGAGGACACCAAGGAGGAAGAUGAGGAGGAGCACGAAGGAGAGGAUGCCGUGUUCGAACCAGAAGACCAGAUUGUUGCCUGCCCAGUCUCCCAGGAGAUGAUCGUUCAUUGUCUGUCAAUGUUAUGUAAGAUUGGGAACGGUCUGGCUCACGCUUUUGUCAAAAUGGAUUUGAGAGACAGGAGACUGACAGACAUCGCUCUGCUUAGCAACUUUGUCCACCUGCGGUUCCUGGACAUCUCAUCCAAUUGUCUGUCAGACUUGUCUCCACUGGCAGCACUUACGCAGCUUCUCUGGCUGAAAGUGGAUGGAAAUUGGGUGGAGAGUUUGGCCGACCAGCCUAUGAACCAGCUGGCCUAUUUACAAUGCCUCAGUAUGGCAACCAAUCGUAUCCAUAGCCCUGAGGGCCUCAAAGGUCCGGCCCUAGAAAGCCUCAAUCUGAUUGGUAACAGCAUUCAGCGAAUGUCAGGUCUGCAAUGUGACAAACUGGCAAACUUAGUGACUCUAGAACUGAGAGGGAAUCAGCUGGAGACGACCGAUGGCAUCCAGCUGCCAAAUCUGCGCAGACUCUACUUGGCUCAGAACCGCAUUAAGCAGCUGAAGGGACUGGACCAUCUGGAGCGACUUACCACCCUGCACCUGCGGGACAACCAGUUGGAGAUCCUGGAUGGCAUCAGCGCCAACAUGAAGGCUCUACAGUACUUGAACAUCAGGGGUAACCUGGUGUCCUCCCAGAAAGCUCUUCACUCCCUGACAAGUGUAUCAGGUACCUUGCAGACGCUAGUUCUGUCUGAGAACCCCCUGGCUGAGGCCGAGGAUUAUCGUCUGCAUUUGCUGGCCAGGCUGCCCCUGCUGGAGAGGUUGGACAAGAAGCCUGUCACAGCAGACGAGAGGGAGGAGGGCCAGGCUGUGUUCAGGGAAUUUGAAGAAGAUGAUGUCUUGGAACAAGAUUAGACACAUCUGCAAGGGAUGUGAUUUAAGUCGUGAUAUUCUUUUCACAUCUCUUGAAGCCUGCAGGAAUCAGUCCUUAAGUUCAGUUUCAGCUUGUUACUAAGCUCUGUCCACGUCACUGAAAUCAGUGUGGUUGGUUUAUCAUAUUUCCAUUGGUUCCAUUAAAGUGACUAAGAACCUAGUUUUUCUCUUCUAAACUAGAAAAAAAAAUCAGUGCACAUUAUUAUAAUCAGGGCUGCCAACUGUCAUGCAUCUGGAGUAACAUUCACACUUUGACUCAUAUUCAUGCAAUAAUUCUUAUGGCAAAUCCAUCUUGUUCCAUUAUGAACCUAAAAUUAGCUUCGUCAAUAGCGUUGGGGUAGUUUGCAAAACAUACAGACUAUUUGCAAGGUAAUAAAACUGUCACAUACAUGUAAAUAUGUGUGCAUGUGUGUGCAGACUUGUCUUGAAUUGGCAAUCUCACUCCAGCCAGCUGACCGAAGUUUCCAACCCUGUUAUGAUCAUUACUGUCUUCCAAAUACAAUGGUCUUUUAAAGAAAAGGACAUUUCAUUGCAUGAUGGUUCAUCCAUCGCAGGGCACACUCACACACCAUUCACUCACACAUGUACUCCUAUGGGCAAUUUAGUAACUCCAAUUAGCCUCAGCAUGUUGUUGGACUGUGGGGGGAAACCGGAGUACCCGGAGGAAACCCCAUGACGACAUGGGGAGAACAUGCAAACUCCACACACAUGUGACCCAGGCGGAGACUCGAACCCGGGUCCCAGAGGUGUGAGGCAACCACUGCACCACCAUGCCGGCCCGGCUUUUAUUAUAUCUGGAAGAUAUAAAAUUAUAUAUAGAACAGUGGAAGAGGUGUUGGUGUGGCCAACGGAGAAGCUCAUCCUGUAAUCUGUGUGGAUCCCAAUGCCCCAGUGCAGUAAUGGGGACAGUGUGCUGUAAAAAUGUGAAUUCUCUCCUGUGCCUUCACCAUCUUAGCUGCUGUGUGGUGAGCAUACUGGUGCAGAAUGGCUGCCGUAUCAUCCAGAUGGGGGCUACACAGUGGUGGUAGUUAAAGUGGAAUUUGCUUCCGUAAAGCACUUUGGGUGUUGUAAAAAAGCACUAUAUAAAUGCAACAUUCAUUCAUUCAUUCAUUCAUCUGUGUUCAUAAUCCAUUAUCCUUGAUUAAGCCGCUGGAUCAUCAUAAUGUAAUAGGAAGAUAUGACAUUACAUAUUUUUAUAAAAAAAUAUAUCAGGAAAUUAUUGCUUGGAUGUUACAGUGUAAAAGCUGAUAAUUGUGAAAUAUCAUGUGAAAAUAAUAUACAUA